GGAACGCUCAAGAUAUGAUGCACAUUGCAAAUCUGGCAAUCCCAAAUUGUAAGAAGCAGUUACCUGCAUGACAUCUGAAAAACUUAGGGUUGUUCUCAGCCAGCAUAUGUAUAUAUAUAUAUAUUUAUAUAAUGAUAGGGAAAAUGACCUUGAACAGGUUACUCUCCCAUCCCUUCUAAUUGUAUUUACCAUCCCCUCGACUGAGUAAGCUCUGUCUCAUGGACAACCCGUCAUUAUGUGAAAGAAACCAAAAGGCUAGGGGGACGCUAUGAAUAAGACAGCCCUCUGCUCAGAAAUUGCAAAAAUCUGCUUUUUAAUAACAUCCUGCCUAUGUUUUCAUAAUAUCCCAUGUGGCUUACUGUUUUGGCACUGGCAUGAAUCUCAAUGACCUUUUUGUUAGCUGUCUCUGCAACUUGUUUUCUCCUGGUCAGAAGCAGCAGAAGAAGGGAGGGCAGGUGUCAAGGAGCUGAAGUCUCUUUCACUCUUAGUUUUUUUUUUUUUUUUUCUGAGAGGCAGGCGAUUUUAAAGAAGUGCUCUCAACCAAGCAGAAGUUGUUAGUACUAAUUGACCUGUAUACUUUAGGAUUUAUACUGAAACAGAAGCUGCUCAGCUGCAGGGCACUGAUACAGCAUAAUUAACAACCAGCCUCACAGAAGAAGUAACUCAAGCAAAAUGGAGCCAGGGCUGAGUGUUGCAGAGCUUCUGGGACUGUUUCUCUGUGUGGGGGCUUGGGUUUGCACUCUGACCACCACUAUUUUACCCCAGUGGUUGACACUCUCCACGGAGCUGCUGCAGACAGAAAGCUACCAGCUCGGUCUAUGGGAGACCUGUGUCGUUCAAGAUUUGGGAGGCAUUGAAUGCAGACCUUAUGAUAGCAUGCUCGGCCUCCCUGGGGAUAUCAGGCUGGCUCGGAUCCUCAUGUGUGUGGCAGUGGCAACUGGGCUCCUGGGUCUACUGGUCCCCAUACCUGGACUCACCUACGUGAACUGCUGCAAUGGCCGGGGUGGUGAGCGGACAAAGAGGGUCCUGAGAGUGUUGGGAGGCGCAUUCUCUUUUCUCGCUGGCGUCAUUUGUCUGGUGCCAGUGUCCUACAUGGCUCAUUUGACGGUGCUCAAGUUCUGGGAUGACACGGUUCCCGAUAUUGUUCCCAGGUGGGAGUUUGGGGAAGCCUUGUUCUGCGGGUGGACUGCUGGAUUCCUCCACAUUGUCGGAGGGAUCGUCCUUGCUUCCUCUCACUUCUGCUAUGAAGAGGAAUCGGACAGUAAAGCUGCGACAAGUCUGGAAAUGCAAGCCUUGGACAACACAUCCCAGACCAGGGUCGAGUAUGUGUAACAGGCAAAAACUGGUUUACUGCCAGGGUUCUUAAGAGAAGUUCAAGUAUGCCUCAGUACAAAACACAGCUCUUUCUUCUAAGCGUUCACUUGCUUGUCUUAAUAAAGCCCUGUAGUGUUAUCACUAUGACAACACUUGUAUUAUUAUCAAUACAUACUUUUAGUUAUAUUUGAUUAAGGGAUAUAAGUAGCUUUAUUUGGAUUUUAAAAUUGGAAUCUGCAUGCAACGCUGCUAUAUUUUCUUCUUCUUUUUUUACCUUCGGAAAAAUCAAGAUUUUGUACAUUCAGUCGUGAUAAUGUGUUUAUUUAUAAUCACAACAGGAUUCCUUAUUUGUGUGCUGUUUUACAGGGAAAGUAAAAAUGAAACAGGGAGCAAUGCAUUUCAUGAAUAGUCUAGCAAAGCUGAACUGUUUUAAGCAAAUGCUUACUGGGAUUGCAAUUAUAGCACUACUAUCCUAGGGUUGACUUUAAAGUACUAUCAAACAAAAGUGUGAUAAAGAUAAUUACAAUUACUGUGUGACAAAUUGUCAAAAAGCAUCAAUAAUCUUUACCAAAGUGUUUGGUUUUUCAUCGGAUAUUACUUUAAUGUCACUAAAAAGAUAGCUGCCACAUAAUUAAAAUUGAAUUCCAACCUUAAUUGUGAGCAUUUAAUGAACACUUUUAAAAAUAUUAAAUUAAUCUUGACAACUGUUUUUAUCUGAUAAAAUUAGCCCUGUUUUGCACCACUCUUCCAUUUAUAUUUGCUACUAUUGAUCAGUAUUUAAGUCUAUUUUGAGGUAUAAGUAGGUUAUGGUAUGAUAGUACAUCACAGGAGCAGAUUUCACCCACCAGCUUAUUUUAUGUUGUGUACUGGUAUAGUUAUAUCAGUGUUAUAAAAUGAUCCAUGUGUUAAUAUUCUGGACAUUUUCCAGCAUA